ACACCUAGCGCUAGUUAUGAAAAUAUUAGUGCUUUCCGUCAUCUACUAGCUGCACCAAAUAAUAUAAUCUAGUGAAAUAUUCCAGGUAGUGAAUUAACCACUUGAAAUCGUUUGUACAGAACAGUGAGUGGGUAAAAGCUUGUGUUUAGUAUCAGAAAGACGUAACCAUUAAAUAGUUGGUUCCUUGAUCGUGCCAUAAUGAGCAUAUCAUUGGAGCAAAUCAUAGCGGUGGGUCUUACAAACUACACAGUGUUUUUGAUACUUCUUGUAGACUCACGUCAGCAAAUAGGUUUGCUAACUUUAAGUUGACUAGGCUAUUAAAACUAUUUUGACAAUCUAGCCAACUGCGAAUUCACCUUAGUAGUUGAUAGAGUGCUGUAAGAGAAGGGAUGUUUUUGAUCAUCGCCGAAGUUCAGUUUGUUAACCAACAAAUGGAUGAGUUUGUUCCUAGACUGUUGUUGGGGUUUUUCUGUGUCACUAUACUAAGUCAUUUCAAAUGAUGGACAAAUAUGCUAGAAUGGGUUUUUCGAAUAGGUAAUCAAAUAGUCUGAUAGCCUCUGGUUUUUUAUAAACCGAUUUUAUAAACGUUUCUCUCUGCAUAUACCUAUAUACCCCCAAAAUUACUAAGUAUACUGUUUAUAAGUUUGCUCGUGGGAUUUUCGGACGACUUGUGUGUUAACUAAAGACAUCAAGUCAAUAUGCACGAGAAGAUAGUCUCAUACUAGACGUUACUAUCACAAAACGUUUCAAUUUUCGUGAUGUAGUUACUUGGUCGGAGCUGAUACUAAUCUUUAAAGCUAAUUAUCUGUCUAAACAUUUUCCUGAUGACUUAGUUGCGUUCUGGUCAGCUGUGAUUGCAUUUAAUCAUAGACAAUACGCAAACCGACUAUGGUAUGGAGCAAAUUGAAUUUCGUAUCCUCAACUAUUAUGUAUGAUAAUUAUAUAUUACCCUCAUAAAAUUGCUGAUAUCCUUUGUGGCGCAUCUUUUGACUUUUCAUUUAUGUUCCGUCUCAUGCUUUGAUUAAAAGUUCAAGGUACUUCGUUAAGAAUGUCAGCGAAGUAUGGAAAUACUGGAAUUGAUAAACGUAGUUUUUUUUCUGUCGUAUUUUUCUUAUUAUUGAGUCUGUGUUUUGUACCAUGCAGAUCAUACUUUCUGCAAGUGAAACUUAUUUGGCUACCUUCAGGGAUUUUGUGCAGAAUUCAUUAUGGAAGAAGGUAGUUCGAAUACGAGUUCUCGCGGUGAUCGGCGUAAACGUCGUCAGAAAUCUCGAACUUCAAAGCAGCCAAUUAGCGAAUCUCAACAAACUCAACAGAGUGGAGACCAUGAAGUGUCUUCAAUUCCACCAAAUGUAGAAGAGGCUCCUGUUACGUCCUCGUUGGGUGAGGAAUCUUCUGUGAUUGAUGUUUUUCCUUCGACAUCGAAACUAACAAGUUCACAUUCCAAGGCUGCUAAACAGAAAAAAAAACAUCUAAAAGUAGUAGAAACUGUUCAUCUUUCUGAAGAUUUAUCCAAAAUGAAUAUCAGAAGAUUUUCAAUACCUAAUCGACCGGAUGGAGGGGGAAAGUUGGGCAAAGAAAUUUAUGUGACUGUUAAUUGUUGGGAUUUUUCGAUAAAGCCCAAAACUGUUUACAUGUAUCGAGCAGAAGCUCUCGCUGUAUAUCGUGGUGAUGAAGGAAACAGAACUGAAAUACGAAUGUCUGCUAAGGAUAAACGUGCUCUAAUUAAACAGGUGGCUGAUAGCUUACAUGACUGUAUAAUUUACGAUGGUGGCCAUGACAUAUACUCGGCGGAUCGUUUGCCAGGGAUCGGGAAAGUUCCUACUGAGGCGGAAAUGAAAAUUGUUGAUCCACUUGGUCGAGAUAAUCUUGUUCUGAAAUAUCACUUGAUGGAAGCACAGACGGUAUCAACUGACGAUGUGCAACAAUACGUAGAAAACCCGAAAGCAACAUCGUUAAACAUCCCCCAAGAAUCCAUUAGGUUGUUAGAUUGUAUAUUGAGAACUGUGUCGAAGCAGUCGUUAAUAUCUCUUGGAAGAUCUGCUUUAUUUUACGACAAACCAAUGAAAGUCAUUGCAAAUAAACUAUUCAGUAUCCACAGAGGUUUUAUCGCUAGUAUUAGACCACAAUGGAAGGUCCGUAUGAAUAUAGACAUGACGUAUAAGGCUUUUUUCACAGCUGGUAACCUAGCAGAUGUUAUGUACGAAAAGUAUGGAGACAAUAUGGCCAGAUGUAGCUCACAAAUGGCUCAAGAUUUAAGAAGAAUACGUGUUGAAACUGACAAGUUUUACAAAAAUGAAAAUGGGAAUUCAUAUUGUAGACGUUUCACUGUGCAUGGAAUAUCGUCUGUGCCAGCUGAAAAGCUUAUGAUCGAGGAGAGAAAGCAAUCUGUUGCUGCAUAUUUUGCUGAGCAUCACCACAUCAAGUUAAAAUAUCCUGAUCUACCGUGCGUAAAGGUUGAUCAAAAACGAGAAGUUUAUAUGCCAAUGGAACUUCUCAACAUUCUUCCUUUUCAAGCACCUAACGCAAGCAAGGCUGAUGUGGCUAGUGAGGUUAUUCGUUGUGCAGCAGUUCGUCCUCAAGAACGUUUCCGAGAACUUGUGGAUUUCACUAAUACGAUUUCAAAGGGACAUCGACUAUUUCAGUUGUUUCAAGCAAAGAUAGCAAACCAACCCGUAGAUGUAAAGUCUCGUGUACUCCAGCCACCUAAAGCAAUUUUUAAUCGUCCAGAUAAAAUCCAACUGAAGGCUGGAAGUUGGAAUACUCCGGAUUUUCAUGAACCAGCUAAACGUGGUGUUGCAAUUCCAUGGGGAAUACUUUGUGUUCCAAACAACCCGCGAUCUAAAGGCGACGUGGAAAAAGUCACAAACGAAUUACCAAAGGCCGCUAACCGUUUCGGUGUUUUCCUCAGCAGUAAACCAUUUAUAUCACAAUGCUACGUUAACCAACUUGAGAAAAAGUUUGAGGAAUUUCAUCGACAAGGUUGUAACUUCAUUCUGUUGAUUCUGUACGAUGAUUUGGCCUACGGAACAAUCAAACGUCUAAGUGAUUUGAGAAUGGGGAUCCGCACACAGUGUGUUCGUGGUAGCACUCUAUACAAACCUAAUGUGUUUCGUAAGUAUCUUUCAUUUAUUCAUAUUCGUUUAUUUCAAUUUUUUAAAACGAAUGGACUAAUUUAGUCUAGUUUGUUUUAGCCAACCUAUUAUUGAAACUCAAUGGGAAACUUGGUGGUGUUAAUUGGAUUGUCCCAGAUCUUACUGAGUACAACAAGGAUUUAAUAAUGGUUUUCGGUGCUGAUGUUACUCACCCAGCACCGACACAAACUCAUCAGGUUCUCAAGUCAGUUGCUGCCGUUGUUGGAUCUGUCAGUCCUGAGUUAAUGCGAUACGGGGCUAUAGUUAGACAACAAGCGACUACUGAACGAGGAAACAAAACAACGAGAGAAAUUAUUGACAACUUGCAUCUGUCAGUUGGAGAACUGCUCACGCUGUAUUUGCGGAAUACGAAGGGACGUUUUCCUAAACGUAUUAUAUUCUAUCGCGACGGUGUCUCAGAGGGUCAGUUUGAAAAUGUUUUGGUCGAGGAGUUAUCUGCGAUUCAAAAAGCUUGCAGUGACAUUCGUCCUGGUGAAGAACCUGCUAUUACAUUUAUCGUUGUCCAGAAGCGACACCAUAUCCGAUUAAAACCACAAGAUCCCAGGGCACGGAAUGUGGAACCAGGAACCGUUGUUGAUACAGAUAUUACUCAUCGUAGGGAAUUUGAUUUCUAUAUUUGUUCUCAUGAAGGAAUUCAGGUAACUAGUUUCUCUUUGUUGGUGAUUAUUUCUUCCAGGGAACAUCAAAACCGUCCCACUAUCACGUAUUAUAUGAUGACAAUAACUUUACAUCGGACAGUCUUCAAAUGUUUACGUACCACUUAUGUUAUGCUUAUAUGCGAUGCUCUCGGAGUGUCUCUUACCCUGCUCCAGUGUAUUAUUCUCAUUUAGCUGCGUUUCGUGCCCGAGAUUGGCUAUCAAACACAAAUGAAGCAAAUGUUUUACUUGAUGAUUAUAAUCGCUUCAAAGUUCACAUUUCACAAACUGAUGGGAUGUUUUUCUUGUGAAGUUUUGUUAAUUUAUUAUUUCAGAGAAGAAAACUUUCUAUUUUGACAUAGAGUAUUACGUUUAACAAACAAAUUAACUAUAAAUACAAUUGUUCAGCUCAUGUCAAUAAAGUCGUCAAAAAGGAAAUUUUCUCCACUAGAUUUUCUUAUUUCUUCAUUUUAUCAUUUGUUCAAAAUAAAUUGCAUUUAUAAUGGUU